CCAGGCUCUCCCGCCGCACCUGCCCAGGAUGCAGGGAGCCGGAGCCCCCAGGCGCCGGGGCCCCUACUCCAGGGAGAUAGGCGCUCUGGGCCGUCCCGGGGUCAUACUACUCACCUAUGCGCUGGUGACCCUGGGGCUCACCUGCCUCUUCAUGCGGUUUGCCAUCAUGCCGUACCUGACCCGGAGGCUGGGCCUGGACUCCGUCGCCUUCGGCCACCUGCAGACCACCUUUGGCGCGCUUCAGCUGCUGGGCGGGCCCGUGUUGGGCAGAGGGGAUUGUCCUGGCAAGGCUGUCGUGGCUGGAAACGUCCAGCAUUGCCGAGCUGGGGGUCCCACCAGCGACGCCCCUGGACCCCCACUCCUCCACCGGCCUCAGCGCUGCUGGGGCGUUGGGCUCAGGGACAUGAGGGCAGACGUCAUCCUCCCGCAAACCCUGGGGUGGAGAUCCACGUGGCAGGCGUCAGAUCUUCGGGGGAACUGUCCAGAAAAGGGGCUCCAGAGGCGGUUCGCCGACCGGCGCGGGGCCCGCGCCGCGUUCACGCUCACCUUCCUGGCGUCCUCUGCCUUCUAUCUGCUCCUGGCGGCCGCCUGCAGCCCGGCCCUGCCCGGCGUGGCCUUGCUCUACGCCACGCCCUUGCCUGUCGCGUUCAUGCAGGGGAUGCCAGUCGCGCAGAUGACCAUCGCGGACCUGUCUGAGCCCCAGGAGCUGCCCGCGGCCCUGGGCCGCCUCGGCCUGUGUUUCGGGGUCGGCAUGAUCUUUGGCUCACUGCUCGGCGGGACCCUGAGCGCCACGUGCGGGAUGCAGUGCCCCGCGACUGUGGCUCUGGUGGCCAACCUCGUGGGAGCCGUCCUCAGCUUCACCUUUAUCCCCGUUAGCACGAAAGGGGCCAGUGCCCACGACCGGGCGGUCCCCGCAGGCGGACCCCAGGCCAAUGUGUUUGACCUGAAGGCCAUCACCCGCCUGUUGCUGCAAUCGGGAGUCCUGCCCGUGUUCCUCAUCAAGGUGGCGUCCAGCCUCCCCUUCGGGCUCUUCAUGGUCAUGUUCCCCAUCGUCUCCAUGGACUUCUUCCAGCUGGAUGCCGCCCAGGCCGGCUACCUCAUGUCCUUCUUCGGGCUUCUCCAGAUGAUCAUUCAGGGCCUGGUCAUCGGGCGGCUCAGCCGUCGCUUCUCGGAGAGGGCGCUGCUCCGGGCCAGCGUGCUGGGCUUCGUCCUGGUGGGACUGGCCAUGGCACUGAUGUCCGACGUCCUCCACUUCUGCCUCCUGAUGCCUGGCCUGGUCUUCAGCCUGUGUGCCCUCAACGUGGUCACCGACAGCAUGCUGACCAAGGCCGUGUCAGCCGCAGACACGGGGACCAUGCUGGGCCUCUGUGCCACCGUGCAGCCAUUGACUCAGACCCUGGGGCCCACCCUGGGCGGCCUCCUGUACCGCAGCUUUGGGGUCCCCGUCUUCGGCCACGUGCAGUUUGCCAUCAACCUCCUUGUCCUCCUCGUGCUCUGGAGACAGCCUGUGCCCCGGAAGAAGGACUGAGUCCGGUGACCAGUGGCCCCAGGGCACAGACUGGCAAUAAACUCUUCCAGCCUGA